AUGGCAAAUAAACGGAAACGAAACGAUUUAUCUUUGGCUCAGAAAUACGACGCGGUGCAAUUGCUAAUUAAAAAAACUCCACAGGCAGAGGUUGCAAAGAAACUUGGAUGUUCACAACCACAAGUUUCACGGAUAUCCAACAUGCGUGACGAGAUAUGUGCCCAGUAUCUCUCCAAUGCUAACCCAGAACGAAAAAGACAGAGAACGGGAAAAGCAGCCAAUGUGGAGAAGGCCUUAUCAGAAUGGUUUUCCGUCGCCAGACAAAAAGACAUUCCAAUAUCGGGCCCAAUAUUAGCUGCAAAAGCGAAAGAUCUGGCAGAGAAGAUGAAUAUAGACGAUUUCAAUCCAACAAGCGGAUGGCUCUCCCGGUGGAAAGAAAGGAACACAAUUGUUUACAAGAAACUUCACGGCGAGAAAAAGGAUGCGGAUGUCGCAGCUGCUGACAACUGGUCGAAGACGGUCCUUCCCGAAAUUCUGCAGAAGUACAAGGCGGAGGAUAUCUACAACGCUGACGAGACGGGACUCUAUUACAGAGCACUACCUGAUGGAACGCUGGCAGCCAAGAAAGACCAGGUUAGCGGUAGCAAAAAGGCGAUGGACAGAGUAACUGUCCUUGUAGCGUGCAACAUGACAGGGACGGACAAACGAAAACUUCUUGUAAUCGGUAAAAGUAAAGAUCCCAGGUGUUUCCGAGGUAAAAAGGGCCUUCCAGUAACAUAUAGAAACAGCAAAAAUGCGUGGAUGACGGGUAAAUUAUUUACCGAAUGGCUGCAAGAUUUCAACAAGGACAUGAAAUUGCAAGGGAGAAAAGUGGUCAUGUUAGUGGACAACUGCACUGCGCAUCCUCCAACUGAUAAGUUGGAAAACGUGAACAUGAUGUUUUUGCCUCCCAGAACGACGUCACUCAUUCAACCUUGCGACCAGGGAAUUAUCCGGAAUUUGAAGGGUCAUUAUCGAUCUCAAGUGGUGAAUAAAAUAAUUGAAGACAUCGAUGGAACGGAAGACAUUACAGCAAACGAGCUUGCAAAGAAACUCAACUUGUUGGACGCUAUCCAUAUGUUAACAAAAGCUUGGAGAAAUGUGAAACCCGUCACAGUGGUAAACUGUUUUAAGAAAGGUGGGUUUUCCAUGGAUGACAGAGUAGAAACGGAAGAAGCCGAACCAUUACCACCCACUGGCAUGACAAACGACGAGUUCAACACCUUUGUCAACCAUGACGAUAAGCUGGAAUGCCACAGUUUACCAACCGAUGAAGAGAUCUGUUCGGCAAUAGUACCGCCACCAACUCCAACCCCCGACGUAUCUGAUGACAGUGAAGAUGAUGACGACGACUAUAUCAUCCCAGUAAUGGCAAGCGAAGUAAGAUCCCAUCUUCAACGAAUCCGUAGGUACUUUGAAGAAAACAGCUGCGACGACUUCAGCCUUUUGUAUAACUUAGAAGAUCAGUUUGACAAGGUAGCAGCCACAAACCAACGGCAACGAAAGAUCACUGAAUUCAUAAACUGGAUCCCAUGA